AUGUCAACAGGAUCUGUGGUGUCGAACAACCCAACGGGUGAUCAUGGUGCAUCAUCCGGCCCUCAGAUCUCUUUUAAUGACAAGAACCCUUUGGAUAGGGUUAAGGCGGCUCUGGCAGCCGUACCUGGAGGAGGUUUUGAGGAGUUGGAAGUUGAAUGGUCUCGCUUGCAAACUCAGAGUACUUAUCGGCAGCUCUUGGCUAUAAUUGGCGUAUCGGCCAAUGCUCUAGCAUGGUCAGGAUUGGAGUUUACCUGUGCUGCGAAGCGUCUCGGUCCUGACCCAGCUGCAUUUCAUGCAGCAUAUAAAUUGAGCCGACAUCGUAGUGCUACUCGUGAUAAAGCUUUUGGUCAAGAAGAUGGUUUUGACGCGUUCAACUAUGAUGCCCUUUGUCAGCAUUUAGCCUCUGCUACUGCCCGUAUUACAGGUCCAAAGUGGGGCCCUCUCUUGGUUGGCCUGGCCGCCUAUCUCCCGGAAACCGUUGUUGACACUGCCUUACGUAGCAAUCUUAAGGAGGCUCUUUUCUCCUCAACAAAUGGUGUGGAGAAGUUUGAUCCCAAGUCCGAUUUAUUGCUCUGGACUGCAAUCACCAAAGAAGCUAGCAAAGGUAUCUGUGAUAAUGAUAUGUUGAAGGAGUACUUCGUGAAAUGGACGAUGCACUGA